CGUGAGUGGCAGCCAAACUCGGGACAGACUUUAUGAAAGACGCCCUCUCUCUCUCUCUUCUUUCCCUCUCCCCUUCUCUUCCCUCUCCCCCUCUUACUUGAAAACCAGCUCAGUGUCUUGUGUGUUUUUGUUUCAAAUGAGUAAUAAAUGAAUCACCGCAACUCCGGGCCAGGAUCCUAGUUGCCGUGUGUAUCCCGGGCCGUUACAUAAACAUGCCCAGAGCCAGCUAAGGCAGUGCGGAGGGGCGGAGAGUCCCAGCCCGGAGAGGAGAGAGGAUGUAGGCUCCACAGCUGGCUCUUCGUGAGGCAGACAAGGAGCUGUGAUUCUUUGCCAUUCUCCAGCGGGGAUGAGCUUGGCCUAGUUUGGGGGGAAGACCCCAGUCUGGGUGUGAGGCAGGGACAGGAUCUGAGAGGUUACUUUGAUCAAGUCCCAUCUCUCUUGCCCACAUCUGCCCCAGGACGAGAGGGCCCAGUUGGCCCCCCGGGCAGGGCUAGGACACUUUCCAGCUGGGAAGACUCGGUGGGCCGAGAGUUCCAGCAGAGGUCCAGCCCGCGCGAAAUGCAGGGGCCUGGGCCUCCCCCACUGGCUAGGCGCUGAGCAUGAGGGGGCCGCCCUUGCCACUGCCACCACUGGACACCGGAUGCCGGACCGGACUGGGGACCAACUGCAGCCAUGAUCCUCCCCAAGAGGUUCCCUUGGGAACGGGGCAACGGAGCCACGGCCACCCCCUCCCCCAGUGCGAUGGGCCGUCGUCCACGGGGCCAGGCCUGGGGGAUGAGGAGCAGGGAGCCCCCAGAGGGCCCUCCCAGAGAUGGGAGGCCUCGUAGACUUGGCCCCCUGUCCCGUUCCCUGCUCCUCUGCCACGCUGGGACCGGCGAAGACAGCUCCAGCUCAGAGGACAAGUCAGCCGGCCCCCAAAAGACCCAGGAGGGGGCUCUAUCCAGACCCCGGACCCCAUCUCUGGACGCGAACCCGGGAGCUUCCCGGGACCCCCCAUCUCUCCUCUACGAUGAGGCCGCUUGUCAGCCUGUCAGGAAUCCCAAGAGGAAGCUCUUCGUCAAGGAGAAUAGCCUUUGGAGGUCAUGCAUCGCCACUGAGACCGGACGUCUGGAAUUCAGGGGUUCCAGGACCAGCAGCUGGGCCUCCCUGCGGAGGGACUUGGAUGGAAGUCACGGGAUCCGAGGAGGAAUGGCUCCCAGGGACGGAGGGGAACCGUUGACCCUCAGUGACCUCUCGCUCAACCGACUGUCCAGCCAAGAGCCGGGCGUUUUCAUACAGCCUGCCAUGGGAUCGGUCAACUGGGUGAUUGAUGAUGAGGAAACCAUGUCAGCUGCUUCUUUGGAAAAGCCCAAGGAUCUGGAAUCAACCGGGAACAGUCUUCCACCACGGAGACCUGCCUGCCUAAGGCCCCAGACUGACUCUGCCAGCUUCGACUCCUGCUGGAUCGGAGAGCAUGGUGACCCCGAGGCACGGCCCCUGAGCCCUGGCUGUGGACGGCCCAGGAAGGCCUGGUCCCAGCAGUUCGACUGCUCAGGAGAGACUCAGGUUACCUCCAGACCCUCCGUCUCCCCAAGCUUGGCCCAGCUCCUGCCGUCUCGGAGCAGUUCCCAGGCCUCCGUCAUCAACAACAUCGUCCUGAUGAAAGGUCGAGCCAAGGGCCUGGGCUUCAGCAUCGUGGGGGGCCAGGACAGCAUGUAUGGGCCCAUCGGCAUCUACGUAAAGACGGUGUUCCCUGGAGGGGCAGCAGCUGCUGACGGCCGGCUCCAAGAAGGAGAUGAGGUCCUGGAGCUGAAUGGAGAGUCCAUGUUUGGGCUGACACACCAGGAUGCCCUACAGAAGUUCAAGCAAGCCAAGAAAGGCCUCCUGACACUCACUGUGCGCACCAGCCUGGGGGCACCCCUCUCUACAUCCCAUUGGUCCUCCCCGCCCCUGUGUCACUCUCUCAGUUCCGGAACCAGUCUCCCCGAGGAAACCGGCCCUUUCUGUCCAGAGACCGGACCCUCUCCGGUCCACCCGGCCAAGCCCAAUGACCGGAUCGUCGUGGAGGUGUCUCUCAACAAAGAGGCUGGAGUGGGCUUAGGGAUCGGUUUGUGCAGUAUUCCUCACCUCCAGGGAAUUUCUGGGAUCUUCAUUCACACCCUGUCCCCUGGCUCCGUGGCCCACAUGGAUGGGAGACUCAGGUGUGGGGACGAAAUCCUGGAGAUCAACGAGGCCUCGGUCCACAGCUUGAGUCUGAACCAGGUGCACACCAUUCUCCGCCGCUGCCCGCCCGGGGCCGUGCCCGUGAUGGUCAGCAGACACCCUGACCCGCAGGUGUCGGAGCAGCAGCUGCAGGAGGCUGUGGCCCAGGCGGCAGGCAGUGGCAGCGGCAUUUGCAAAUAUGGCAACCAUAGGAACCAGUGGGGCAGGGAAGGUGCCAGAAGGUUAGGAAGCAGCUGGCAUGGGAGAUUCCCGUGGGAACGACAAAAUGAGGAGAUCACUUCUCCUUUCCACCCAAGAUCCCAGAAGACCAUGACUCGGUCCCGGAGUGAGGACAGCUACAGUCUUGGGGAGAUCUCUGGGGACAGGGCCCCCCUCCGGCCCACGGCUUUGAAGGAGGGUUCCCCCGGGUUAACGGACCCCAGGACCCCGGCUCCUUCCCCUCCCACAACUGUCAGGCAGGAAACCUGCCUCCCACCCACACCGAAAGCCAGGCGAGCAUUGGAGAUCUUGGUCCGGAAGCCCAGGUCCACCAAGCCCAAGCCACCACCCAGGAAAUAUUUUAAAGUGGAUGCAGCCGAUGCAGAGAGGCCGAGACCUCCUAGCGUGGAUGGGGAGACCCCCCGGGCUGAAGGAGGGAUGCCAUCCUCUUCCUCUGAGGGCCAGGAAGCAGGAAACCUGUCGCCACAGGGGAAUCAAGCAGCUAUAACCCACAGCGUCGCCUCAACUCCUUCACAAGCUGAGGCUGCAGAAGACAACUCUGCCUCUCUCGGGGCCGUAGAGGAGGCCAAGGGCUCCGGUCCAGGGCCCCGCCUCUCGCCAGCUGCCCGACCUCGACUCAGAAGGCAAGGCCGGGUCACCUCGGUGUCUGUGGCGGAAGACCCGUGGGUUAGAAUUUCCGACUGCAUUCGACAGCUGUUCAGCCCCGCCAUGAGCGGAGGAGCCUGCCCCCCAGAUGUCACUGCCUCUCUCACCACAGGCCCAGGCCGGGGAAGCCACAGCCCUCCCACCCCCCCGGAAGCCGAUGCUGCCGUCUCCAAGGCCUACGGCUCUGAGGCGAGCGUCCGCCAGAAGAGGGCCCCUCCAGUAGCACCCAAACCGGCUUGGUUCCGGCAAAGCCUCAAAGAUUUGAGGAGUGGGAGUCUGUCUCUGAAGCCCCGGCCCACUCCUGGUCAGUCCAGCCUGACUGGGGCAGGGGGCUUUCCCAGACCCUCGUCCAUCCGGCAGAAGAUCCACUCAUUUGAGACCUGCGGGGACUUGGGGAGUGCCAAACCCAGCCCCAGAGAGGGGGAGAGACCCCCCAGGACCCCGGAACUGCCAACCGUCACAGGUCGCCCAUCUCCGGACGGGGACGACAGGCAGCGGCGGCCACCUGGCCCAGAGCCCCCGGGGGUCACCGGCCCCGAGGACACACGGGGAUCUGGUUCUGCCUCCCCGGCCUCCCCCCCUGACCUAGGGGACUCCAGGGCCCGGAAGGUCUCGGGUCAGCGUUCGCGGAGCUUCCCCCUGACUGGACCCCGCUUGGGCGAGGUGCCCAAGGCUGCCCUGGAGGAGGAGGAAGAGCGGCAGUUCGGACAACUGCACUCUCUGAGCAGUCGGGUUUCCUCGGCCCUCAUGAGGUCCCUGCUGUGUCUGCCUCAGUCUCCAGGAUCUGGGAAUCCUGGUGGGGGAGGGGUCUCCUCUCCACCGUCCACUGGACCACCCAGCGAAGCUCCACCUCUGGACUCUGGCUUCUCUCUCAAUCUUUCGGAGCUGAGGGACUACUCCGUGGGCCUGGCUGACAGGGAGGUCGCAGACCAAGGGGUGAGAGGCGACGACUCCCCCGUGGCCCCCUCAGGUGGGCCUGGACAAUCUGUCAUCUCACUGCUUGGCCCCGAGGAAGUCAAGAAGCUCAUAGAGGAAGUCAAGGGGUUAGAUGAAGCCACACUGAAGCAACUGGACAACAUUCACGUGACCGUUCUACAUAAGGAGGAAGAGGCGGGGCUGGGGUUCAGCUUGGCAGGCGGUGUAGACCUAGAGAACAAGGUUGUCACGGUGCACCGGGUUUUUCCCAACGGGCUGGCCUCGCAGGAGGGAACCAUUCAGAGGGGCGAUGAGGUCCUGUCCAUCAAUGGGAAAUCUCUGAAGGGCGUCACCCACAGCGACGCCCUGGGCAUCGUGCGUUGGGCCCGCGGGCCUCGCCAGGCCGUCAUCGUCACGAGGAAGGAGGGGGAGGCCCCCCGCCAGCGGACCGCCGUCCCAGACUCUGCGCCUUCCGGGCCCGGAGCAGCCUCCGCUGAGCCGGGGGCCAGCACCACCACCUGUGUCAUCACGCUGGAGAAGACGUCUUCUGGUCUGGGGUUCAGCCUAGAAGGAGGGAAGGGCUCUCUCCAGGGAGACAAGCCCCUCGUCGUCAACAGGAUCUUCCAGGGGUGUACCCCCGAACAGAGCGGAGGCCUCCAGCCGGGAGAUGAAAUCCUGCAGCUCAACAGCACCCCUCUGCAGGGGCUCACGCGCUUCGAGGCCUGGAACGUCAUCAAGGCCUUGCCAGAGGGGCAAGUCUGCAUCCUUAUCCGGAGGCCGGGCCCUGGCUCCGGGGCUGAGGUGCCCCACUGACUGGAUGACCUCUCCCUGGCUCUCGCUUGGAACCAUAGCUUCCCCGAGCCCUCCAGCCAGGCCUGAUGGCCUGGGAAUAAAAUGGGAAAAAGGAA